CUGUGUACUCCGUAGUGCACACGUAGGUAUUCGCCCAAACUGCUUGACUCACCUGCAGCACUUUUGAAUAAUUACCAUGGCCAUGGAGGCGUCGCAUAGCACUUCAACGACAGAGAAUGACUCUGUUCCUGUGACUCCCGCUUCCGUACACCAGGGACUGUUCACAUACCCUUUCGACACAGACCCAGAAUACCAAGCCGGACUGGCAGCCAUUCUAGGGCACCCAGACACUCCGGUAACUCUCGAAGAGUUGACAGACAAGAAGGAGCUGGUGCUACAAGCACAGUCUUUCUAUUUUUCAAGGAAGUUCGCCCUCCCACCCAUAGAUGUCGUCGCAUAUUCGUCAUGGCUGCUCUCUCGUUCCCCCACCGAUUCUAGCCAGCAUCCCCCAGUGCAGCCGCUUGUUGCACCGCCCACCUCCUCAUCGACAGAAUCAGCCCCGUCCGUAGGCCCUCAAGCCAAUGCAUCGGCGUCUGAACCUGAACCGCCGUACCCAACGUCCUUCGCGCAUAUAGUCGACCUGAUAACCCGCAAUAUGCCGAUUCCUGGCAUCGAAGAAAUCCCCAACACUGUACUCGAACCCGGCUCCAGCAAGAUAGACAAGAAGCCACGGCGAAGGAAACCUUGGGAAACCGACUCAGACCCUGAAAACACCUCAAGUACUUCCGCGGCGCCACGGACAACUCCACCAACUUCACUUCAAGCAGAGACGACACAAGAUGAUAAUACAGUCGAUCUGAAUGGUCAUAGAGAGACGGGUCAAGGGGUGGUGAACAUUCUCAAACCAAACGCAGUACCAGACAGUGGCCUUCUGAGUAAGGAUUGAGCAUGGCACUGAUGAUUAUGUCAUAGUAGAUGUGAGUGUGAGUGGUGGGCAGCGUCGACGAGGAGCGUCCUAUCCUUCCCACGUUGUUACCUAUUGAAGCUUUCGUCAGCAUAAUGGCCAUCCGUGAACGAUGUCCUCAGACUCUUCAGGGCAGGGAGCAAUACGAUGAAGAGAUGACCAUAAAGCGGGCGAUACAGGCUGAACAUGAAAUCCCCGUACCGAGUGAUUAGUGCGAUGUUGAGUGGGUUUCAUGUUUGCUCGGCCAGACGUUUCCCACGCCUCAGAGAAUUUGACGUGCUGGUAUCUGCUCCAGGGGAAUCAAGGACGCCCGGAAUCUUUGCCAUUGAUAUAUAUUUAUGGCGACCAUGGGCCACCUACGAUCUAUCGCUGCCACCAGGAAUGGUUUGAUCAUGUAAAGGUGGACCUUUGUUCAGGUAUCAUGGUUCUCUAUUUACUAAGUUACCUAAUCGCCAUGGUCCAUGCUAGCUCUAAGUACAUGCUUGAGUGUCCACGUUGCCGCUCUGCAGGACAUUGGUAAAGACAUGACUGAUAACAGUCUUUUGGUGAAUAUGAAACAGGAGUUGGGCCAAACCUGCAGUUCUGAAA